UGCAGACCACAUAAGAGCGUGUAUCACGUCCACCCGGUUCAGUUUACGAACAUCGCGUGUAAAGCGAACGAAGUACCUGGCGUCCAUCGAUAAUCCGUGCAAACUUCCGAUAACCCAGAGAAACCGUCAGUUCAUCUAAAAAAAUGUUGAACUCCGAUUAACAACAUCCAAUGGAAUAAUCUCACCAUCAAGCGAAUUCGAUUAUGGAACUCGCAAAGGAGGUGGACAGCCCCUAGUGCCCAGUGCGUAGAUAACUCACCCACAACAUUAGAUCUUGAGAUUGAAAAAAAAUCUCUGAAGAUGCCGGCGUGCGCUAGUGAUAGCCUGACGCGUUUCUGCCCAUCGCCAUCGCUCUCCCGGAGCAGUAGUGCAUCUCCAACGCUGGAAGGCUACCCCACAUCGAGUUCCCCGCCGAAGUCAUCCCACCCGGUGAAACAGAGCCCCUCUACUUCAUUCAUAACUCUCGACUCCACCACCGACUGGUCCCAGCCAUCACCGCAGCCUCGGCUGGUGCGACGUCACCAGGAGGUGCGUUCCCCAAGCCCGCCGCGGCGUCAGGAGGUCACCCUCAUCGCGAGACUGGUGUCCCUGCUCUCGCCGACGAGGCUCAUCAGUUGGUACAUCAGCUUCAUCUUCAACAUAAUCUGGCGAAUCUACGAGGCAGUUGUCUUCACGAUCCGAGCGCCAGCGCUGUGGGCCUCCGCCUGGUUCUGCUUCAUCGCGGUGAUCCUCCAACUGCCGCUGACCCUCCUCAAGUGGUUCCUGAUGUUGCUCUACACCCCGGCCUCAGAGUUAGCCAGGAGUAAACGCUGUGUCCUGAUCAGCGGUGGUAGCACAGUCCAGGCGGUCCAUCUUGCCCGAAAUUUCCACAAAGCCGGGGCUCGUGUUGUCAUCUGCGAGGUGGAGGGCCUCUUCAGUUUGGCGAGAUUCUCAACCGCCUGUUCGAAAUUCUAUACAAUUCCGAGACCCGCUCCGGGCAGUGCUGCGGAGUACGUUAAAGCGCUGAAAACGAUUGUCGAGAGGGAGAAGGCGGUGUACUACAUUCCGGUAUCAGCGGCCAAUGCUGCUUACUACGACGCUCUGGCGAAGCCCCACCUGGAGAUCGCUGGAUGCGAGUGUUUCGUACCGGGAGCCUCGGAGGUCACCGCCCUGGAUGAUCCCCUGGAGCUCCUGAGACGGUGCAGACUGUUGGGUCUGACUAAUCCGGUCCAUUUUGUCCUGAGGUCCAGCGACGAUGUCGCCACCCUCUACGAGACCGGUGCCCUAAGGUCCGGACGGCACGUGAUGCUGGCGGCCGGUCCAGCCGGCAUGAGGGAUCGCGCCAAAGUUCAGCUGCCCCUCAACGCCGAGGAGUUCAGGAACAUGAGGCAGGAGAUCAGCGAGAGGCGACCUUGGGUGGUGAUCCGUGAUCCUGGGGGCCCUCAAUACAUCACUUGCACGACAGUCAAGGACUCGAGGGUCGUCGCCAAUGUCACUUGCAGGGUCGACGAGGACAAGGGGCUCAUCCCCGAGGUGCGGAGUGACGUCGCCCAGUGGCUGGAGAGAUUCUUCGCGAGGUCAUUCGGCAGCCGAAUUAAUGGCCACCUCAGCUUCAGGCUCGUUAUCUCCCGCGACGAGGAAAUCGUCACCAUUGGAUGCCGCGUCGGCGUCGGUAUGCCCUACGUCUGUCUCACCAGUGUCCAUCCGCGACUAGUCUGGCGGCCGUGCAGGCACUUCUCCAGGCAGCAUUCAGGCCCUCUUCUCGUUGGUGAAGCACACGACGGACAGGGGGCCUUCUCCAGCGCUAUCAAACAAGCCUCCAGCCUCAAGUCCAGUUCACAUCGAUGCGCUAUUGAUAAGCGGGAGGCCCUCUUCGUCUACUGGGAUCCAUUGCCCUAUUGUGUAUACUAUCAUCUUCAGCUGCCACUUUUGAGGAUCGCCGGGGCCUUUCGUGCACGCACACAGCACAAUCCACCAUUGGCCGUUGUUGUACAAUGAAGAACAUCGAAAUGGAUGGGUCACGUGGUAGCGUUGGUCAGUGGAACGCGUACUUAGCGCAACGCGCUGCCGCGCUUUUUGAAAAAUUCGUCCACCAAUCGGUCGGUAAUGAAGUGCCCGGAGGUCUUCCAGGGAUCAAUCUUCGCUGCAUUUCCAUUCUCAAUUGAUUUAUCGAUUUAUUGGGGAAUAUUUAUUAAAGCCCUUGUUUUUUAAUCUGCGAAACAGGGAUUUGCACGGACAAUACCAGUGAACUGUGACGCGAUCUGAUUUGCCGGCUGUUUUAAUUAAAUUCCGAGACUCUUCGAAUAUGAGAAAGAAUUAAUUAAUUUGUUUCAGCGUGGCGACAUUCGUCGGGAUAAUAAAAUGUCAAUGGUGGAUGUGUCUUGGGUCAUGAGUGUCACUAUUAUCGUGUAUUUAAACGGAUGGAUUUACUUUUUUCAUGAUGUUUUUUUUUAAUUUACGAUGACGAGAUGAAAGUGUGUGGGUAAUGCUUGAGGUUUUAAUGAUAUUAAAGAAAUGAGAGACUGAAGAGAUGUGGACUGAGUGGAAAACAUUUCACUGCAUUAUCGCAAUGCCUCGCUGAUACGCUGGAAUUUUAUUCACGAAAGUCCAAAUGCAUUUUGCCAUGAGAGAACGCCACAUUUUUUUCGUCGUUGACGAGAUAAUUUAGCGAUUAUUGUAUGAUGAUAUUGUACAAAUUAAUUUUUUAAGGGUAGAUCUAGGGAUUUUUCUAGUUAUUGUAAUAGACUUUGUACAGAAUAUAUUGAAAAUCAAAGGUGA